AUGAUGUUCGGAAUGACCGGCGCGGGCAAGAGCGCCCUGGGGAACCUUCUCGCCGGGUUUGAAGCCUUUGCGUCUGGCGACGACACGGCCAGUGUGACCAACCUAGACUCUGUCAUGAGAUAUGAGGCCCCAGAUGACUCCAUGAUAGUUCUGGACACAAUCGGUCUCGGCGACACCGAGAUCGACCAGGACAAGGUGGUGGGCAGUAUCCGUGACGUGGCGCUGUCCGCGGUGAACGGCGUGGACGCCAUGAUCUUCGUUAUGCGGAACGCGCGCAUCACGGACGAUGCCAUUGCGAGGCUGAUCUACGUUACGGAGUACUUGUGGGGCUCGGAGUGUCUGCUGAACCUCUACGUAGUGGUGACCUUUGGCAGCAAGUACCUGGCCAACCGGCAGGAAGCCAACCUCUGGGUGGAGCGGCAGGUGGAGCUGAACUGGCGGUUCAAGCACAUCUACGAGCUAGUGGGCCAGAACCCCAACAGAUUCCUCUUCAUAGACAACCCCGGCACCGACAGCGGGGAGCCCAACGUGAAGCAGCGUCAGGCGGCCAGCCGCCGCGCCAUCAUGAUGGCGCUGGCGCAGCACCCCAGGGACGUGAUCCCGCCCUUCACGCACGAGGCUAUGCAGAAGGCCAAGAAGAUGGUAGAGGAACAGCACGAGGUUCUGGAGAAGGCCACGACCAAGUACAACGAGCUGCAGCAAGCCCGCAAUGGCGGCAAGGAGGUGAAGAAGCGCAGGAAGAGCAAGCCCCGCACCAGCCUGCGGCGCAACACUCCCCAGAGCCAAGCGAUCAUGAGCGCCCUGGAGGAGAAGAAGAAGGCGCAGCAAUCCCUGCAGGAGGCCCUUAUUAAGGUGAAAUGCGACGCAGACUUCCAGCGGGCCGUGGAAAUUGAGGCGCAGCAGGCGACGUGGCGCUUCGGGCAAGACUUCAACACCGACAGCCUUUCUGAUCGGAAGGACGGCACAGGCUCCGCCACUUCGUUGGGCUCCAACGGCAACCCUGUGCAGGCGUGUAAGCGCAUGUUCUUCUCGCUGGUGAACAAGAUGGGCAUGAAGGGCAAGCCGCCGCCAAAGCCAUCGGCCAAAGCAGCAGGCGGCCCGAAGGCCAAGGCGAGCAAGAAGAAGCUCAACGCGGAAGACAUACAGAAGGCCCUGGAUCUCGCGGUGGUCCAGCUGAAGAGCAGCGUGAGGGGGCAACAGCCACAGGCGGUCUUUAAACAGCUGGACGUAAAACAGAAUGGAACAGUCACGCCCCUGGAGUUCGCACACUUCAUUCAGAAGACAGUCCAGGGAGUCA